AUGCAAGUUGUAAUUUUAUCAGCAAUGAAUAAGGAUCUUCACUGGAAGAUCUACAGUCCUCCAUCUGAUGACCGCUAUUUAACUGAUUUUUAUAAAACCUUUUUUUGCUGCCUCUUCUACCUCACCGUUAUCCAGGGUUCACUAACUUUAGAUGAGGAAACAACGAAGGCAGCUUCAGAUAAAACGGCUGAAGCCGCAUCGGUUCUGGACAAUCCUGCGGGUAUGAGUCAAGAAACUGAAUUGGAGCACUGCUUCUUGGCUGCUUUAAAGCAUCGCGUUACAAAAAAGGGACAGUUGCCACUGGAUAUUGGCGAAUUCUAUUCACGUUACCUACUUCCCUGUGUUCCGUCUGAUCGGCAUAUUGAUAUGAAGAAAACAAUUUAUAAGAAAUUUGUCGUAUUUCUGGAGAGGAUAAACGAAAAUGAAAGUGGGCCAAUUGUGAAAAUCGCCAUGAAACAGAAGGGAUCAGAAGUGAUCACUGAGGUCUGUGUUCUUAUAAUUUUUUAA